AUGGCGGGCAUGGAGCAGCUCGAGAUACAUAGCAAGUCAUACCUUGUCCGCUGGGUUAAUGUCAAAUCCGAGCAUACAAUCUCCUGGAGUAUUCGGCCGGACAAGAAAUCUAUCAAUUUCGGCAUCUUCAAGCACCCUGGCUCUGGCCAGGCUCCUACCCCAAACCUUCCAUCAUCUACCUUCGAGCCACCGCCCACCCCAAGCGUUCGUCCCGAAGAUGCGCUCCAGGAAGCUCAUUUAUCUAAGAACUCAUCAUCCACCGCAACCGAGAAGCUGAAGAGUAUAGGACUCAAGCCAGUGUCUUGGUAUGGAACAUGCGAAGCGAACAGAGUAUCGACAGGAACAUAUGACGUACCCCAAAACGAAGGGGCGAUGUACGCUCUGGUCUUCGAUAAUACCUUUGCCAAAUCAUUCGCCAAGUCGGCAACUUUCGUCUUGUUAACAUACCCCACCGGUUCUCCUCCACAGUCGAAUUCCCACAUACAUCACGUACAAGGGGGAUCUGCCGAGAGCGUGACAAGCCUUAAAGAUACCUCGAACGCUAGGAAAGUACCUAUGAAGCGCGAGUCCUCGGGUCCUGCCACCCAGAAUGGCUCGUCCAAUUCAGCAGCCCAGCAAGGUUCAGACGAGUGUAAAUACAAACGUCAGCGAGAAGGUCACAGCGGAUCAGGCUCAAACUUCUUCACUGGAGUGCUGCAGAAGAAACGCCGUAAGAAGAACCAGGGUUGGGCGCGCAGAUUUUUCUCUCUGGACUACACAUCCUCUACUCUCUCGUACUACCAGAAUCGCAGAACACAGGCAGUGAGAGGGGCAGUGCCUUUGUCGAUGGCUGCAAUAGGAGCCAACGCCAAGACCAGACAGAUCAGUAUCGAUUCAGGAGCCGAAAUAUGGCACCUCAAGGCUGGUAACCAAAAAGACUUCGACGCAUGGAAACGGGCCUUGGAGCUUGCAAGAUCAUGUGCAAGUCCCACCACGCCGGCGUCUGCAACACGAUUAGAUAUGGAUGGGAGAAGUACAUCAGCCGCGCGCACCAGUCCAGAGGAAGAACGGCAUUGGGCGAAGGUCGAAGAUCUGGUGGCUAAAGUAAGAGAAUCGCGAGACGCUGCCAAAUCAUUGGCCAUAGAUACGGAUCCGAAGUACCUACCCCAGACUCAGACGCACACGCCUAUUGAUCCAGCACUUGGCCGAGUAGACUCGGCCCCAAUCUCCGCAGCGUCGAGUACCAGUGGAAGCCCUGCCGAACAGAGCUUGCCUAGUGGGUAUUUUGCCGAGGGCGAUCGGAGGCCUUUCUGGAAACGCAAGCCAACUACUGAUAAGCCAAUGCCGGGAAUGUAUCGAAGUGUAUCGGCAACGCCUUCGACGCCGUCAGUAAAAGUAUCUCGUCCGACUCCAAUCAGGACAUCUUCUUUCGGGAAAACCCUACAGAGUCAUCUGGAAGAGGAGAGUGUGCACGACCGAUGCUUAUCACUUCUCCGCGAUCUUGAUUCGAUCGUGGCAAAUUUUAGCCGUCUCAUCGCAGAGACCAAGCAGCGCCGCGCGCCAGUGAUCCCUCCUACCACCUCUCGACAGAGCAUAGACACCCAAGGGGAUGAUGAGUUCUUCGACGCCGAAGGAGGCAAUGUUUCGCUAUUGCUGGAUAUCCAUCAUGAAACUGAAGAGGAAGGCGAAGAGGCAGACCGUGGUUUUGCCACCGACGAAGACUCGGCCUCUGCCAGCGAUGUCGAUGAGCCUACCGUCCCAGGCCAGCACAGCGCAGAAUCGGGGAAAGCUACACCAGCAUUCCCUUCAAAACCAAAGUCUUUAACACCUCUCCCAGCGCAGUGGGUCAAGCGUAGAAAUGCCGUAACUGCUCCUACCGGCACUCCACCCAGCCUGGUCUCCUUCAUGCGCAAAAAUGUUGGCAAAGACCUUUCCACGAUAUCAAUGCCAGUCACCGCAAAUGAACCGAUAUCCGCUCUUCAACGCUUCGCUGAAGUUGUCGAGUACUCCACUCUCUUAGACGACGCUGCAAACAAGCCUAGAUCGAGUAUCGAACGUCUGAUCUACGUAACAGCUUUCGCCGUCUCGAAUCUUUCCAGUAUCCGUGUCAAAGAACGUGCUAUCCGCAAACCCUUCAAUCCUAUGCUUGGUGAAACGUUCGAGCUUGUACGCGAAGAUCGUGGAUUACGAUUUCUCGCAGAGAAGGUCUCCCAUCGCCCGGUGCGCAUGGCUUACCAAGCCGAGAGCGAACAUUGGACGCUCACUCAGUCUCCCUUACCUACACAGAAGUUCUGGGGCAAAUCCGCAGAGCUGAUCACAGAGGGUAAGGUUCGUGUCAUCUUGCAUUCAACGGGCGACAGAUUCAGCUGGGCCCCUGGAUCGAGCUUUCUCCGCAACAUUAUUGCAGGCGAGAAAUACGUUGAGCCUGUAGGAAACAUGACCAUUGUCAACGAAGCUACGGGGGAAAAAGCAGUCAUUACUUUCAAAACCAAGGGCAUGUUCUCCGGCCGCAGUGAGGAUGUCGCUGUCCAGACCUACGAUUCCUAUGGCGACGAGCAACCUCUUGGCUUGGUUGGAAAGUGGACUUCUUCCCUGACCGCCACAGAGAAUGGCAACUCUAGGACGAGUGAACCUCCGAUCUGGAGUGCUGCUGAGCUAGUUCCGGACGCCGCAAAACGCUAUGGUUUCACCACUUUCGCUGCAUCCCUGAACGAGAUCACGCCCAUUGAGAAGGGGAAAUUGCCGCCUACUGAUAGCAGACUUCGACCAGAUCAGCGUGCAGCUGAAGAUGGCGACUUCGAUGAAGCUGAGGUGCUGAAGGGAAAGCUGGAAGAAGCGCAGAGAAAGAGGAGGAGGACCAUGGAGGAUGAGGGUAGUUCUUGGACGCCCAAAUGGUUUGAAAAGGUUGAGGGUGGCGAUGGGAGUGGAGAGGAGGUGUGGGUUGCGAGGGCUGGGCAGGACGAUUAUUGGGAGAAGCGAAAGAACAGUGAAUGGGAAGAGGUAGAGAAGAUUUUCGAUUUGUGA